AUGGAGACCGAGAGCUCCAGAGAGCGGCGAGCUUCGGAGUCCGAGUCUUCCCUGUCCCGGAGGGCAACAUGGGGGCCCACCACGAACCUGACCCGGUCCUGCAGCCCCAGCCAGUCCAUCUGCAGGUCCUCGUUGCUAUCCUCCUUCGCCUACACCGAGGGCUUCCAGCGCAGCGCCCGCGGCCGGCCCCGCCGCGUCCCGCCGCUCGAGGUCACUCGCGGAGCCGAGCCGCAGCUGCUGCGUCUGCGCCCCACCUCGCUCCGCACCCAAGACAUCUCGUACCUGCUCACCGGCGUCUUCCGCAACCUGUACUCGGCCGAGGUGAUCGGCGAGGACGUGGGCACCAGCCUCAUCAAGGCUCGCGGCAGCGAGGAUGAGCGCCACGAGCAGUUCGUGGACUCGCUGCAGCAGAUUCGAGAACUCUACAGGCAGCGACUGGCUGAGGUUGACAUGGUGGAAAGGCACAUCAUUCAGGCCCGCGCUCGGGCCAUGGCGGAGGAAGAGCGGGCCACGCACCAGGCAGAAGCACAGACCCUCGAGGCCUUCAGCGUCAUCAAAUUGCCUCCAGUCAAGUCUGUCUUCAGAUGGUGCGUGGACAAUGAGCUGCUACAGAAACACCAUUUGAUCUGCCCGGAAGAUUACUACAGCGAUACGACACCGUUUUGCUCUGCACCCAAAGGCAGGUCUGUCCCUGGAUGUCAGAAACUGACAUGUAGCUGUGAGAAGCGUGCGGUCGCAAAGAAAGAGCCGACCGAGAGGCUGGAAGUUUUGUGCAGAAAGAAGCUGGCUGGUGCUGAGGAGUUCAGGCCCAGUUUGGACAGUUUGACACGGGCCUCAUCUGUUGAGGCCGAACACAGGACCAAAAAACCUGUCAAGAAAGCGAGUCUACCGAAGAACAAAAACUGGAUGAACCACUUACGUGUGCCGCAGAGAGAAACGGAGCGACUCCUGCUUGCCCGAAUGGAGAGUCGGAACCGCUUCCUAAAAAACCCUCGGUUUUUCCCUCCUAACACGCCACGCGGAGGCAGGUCUCUUCUUUUUCCUCCAGAGAAGCCUGGACGGAUCGGAGCGCUCCGGGGGGUGGUGUCAGAACAGAGUUGUGCCGACACACCGGUGUUCCUAGCUAAGCCAUCAAUUGCGUUUUUCACAGAUUACGAAGUUGGACCAGUUUAUGAGAUGGUGAUUGCCAUGCAGAAUACCACGGCCACCAGCCGGUACCUGCGAGUCCUCCCACCUUCUACUCCGCACUUCGCUGUAGGACUGGGGAUGUUCCCAGGAAAAGGUGGAAUGGUGGCUCCUGGGAUGACCUGCCAGUAUAUUGUCCAGUUUUUUCCUGACUGCCUUGGGGAUUUUGAUGAUUUUAUUUUAGUGGAGACCCAGUCCGCCCACACGCUCCUGAUCCCUCUGCAGGCCCGGAGGCCGCCCCCAGUGCUGACAUUGCCUCGGGUGUUAGACUGUGGCUACUGUCUCAUUGGGGGCGUGAAGAUGACCAGAUUCGUCUGCAAAAAUGUGGGCUUCAGUGUCGGCAAGUUCUGCAUUAUGCCCAAAAAGAGCUGGCCACCACCAAGUUUCAGGGCUGUGGCCACCUGUGGCUUUGUUGAACAGCUUCCCUUUGGAAUCCUGCCUUCAGUGUUUGAGCUGGCCCCAGGGCAGGCCAUAUUGGUGGAGGUCCUGUUCCUCCCAACGAGCCUAGAAGAGGCAAAGCAGACCUUCGUCAUCGUGUGUGACAACUGUCAGAUCCAGGAGCUGGUGACCGUAGGAAUCGGGCAGCUGGUUGCUGUGGAUCUGAUCUAUGUUUCUGGUGAGAAAAGUCAACCAGAGCCUGGAGAGCUCACAGACUUAACAGCCCAGCAUUUCAUACGCUUUGAGCCUGAAAACCUUCAGUCUACUGCUAGGAAACAGCUGAUCGUUAGAAAUACUACGCACGUGGAGCUGGCCUUCCACUGGCAGAUCAUGAAGCCCAACCUGCAGCCCCUGAUGCCAGGAGAAGUCUACAGCAUGGACAGCAUCAAGUGCCACCCUGACUGGGAGACAGCCUUCUCCAUCGUGCCCGGAAGCGGGGUUCUCAACCCCCACAUGGACCACGAGUUCAUCCUGAGCUUUUCUCCUCAUGAGCUGAGGGUCUUUCACAGCGUGCUCCAGAUGGUACUAGAACAAGUCCCCGAGCCCAGGAGUUCAGAAAUUCAGAGCCUGGAGGAAGCUCCCUGCUGGGCGGAUGAUGUGAUUGUCCUGGAGGUUGAGGUGAAAGGCUCGGCAGAACCUUUUCAGGUCCUCUUGGAGCCCUGUGUGCUCAUCAUCUCGAGAGAGAACUACAUUGGUGUAAACGUGAAGAAGGAUUUUAAGAUGUGGAACAACAGCAAGUCGCCCAUCAGAUACGUGUGGGAGAAGAUUAGCGACUGCCACAUCAUUGAAGUGGAGCCCUGUGCAGGGGUCAUAGAGCCCAACGAGGUCGGGGAUUUUGAGUUGAACUUUACCGGGGGUGUGCCUGGGCCCGCAAGCCAGGACCUGCUGUGUGAGGUCAAAGACUCAGCCUCGCCUGUGGUGCUGCACAUCGAGGCGACCUUUAAGGGGCCUGCGCUCGUCCUCGGCAUCUCAGCCCUGCAGUUUGGUUUGCUUCGCCUGGGCCAGAAAGUCACACUCUCCAUCCAGAUCCAGAACGUCAGCCAGCUCCCAGCCACGUGGCACAUGAGGGAGAGUGCGGUCUGCCUGGAAGAAAGGCGUGAGAAUGAGUCUCUCUUCAACAUUGAGCCCCCAAGCGGCCACCUUCACCCUCUGGGGGAGUGCACAGUCAAUGUCACCUUUGAGGCCUUGCUCUGCCAGAGCCUGCAGACUGUCCUGGAGCUGGAGGUGGAAAACGGGGCGUGGAGCUACCUUCCUGUGUAUGCUGAGGUUCAGAAGCCCCACGUGUACCUGCAGAGCAGCCACGUGGAGGUCAGCAACCUCUACCUGGGUGUGCCCACAAAGGCAGCCAUCAUGCUCAUCAAUGGCACGCUCCUGCCCACCCGGUUCCAGUGGUGCAAGCUCCUGGGGCACCAAGCAGCCCUCUGCACAGUGACAGUCUCCCCUAAACGUGGCACACUGGGUCCCAGUGAGGAGCGCCAGCUCAACGUGGCACUAACUGUUCAUACCCAGGAAGAGCUGACAGAUCUGGCCCUCCCUUGUCAUGUGUCAGGCAUGAAUAAGCCUCUGGUACUGGGCAUCUCUGGAAAAGCCCAGGGACUGCAAGUGACCAUCACCAUCUCUAUGGAGGACUCUGACAGCAGCACAAAGCAGUGGCCAGGUCACCUGGGAGAGCUCCACCUGGACUUUGGCUCAGCUGUGCCACUGAGGACCCGUGUGAACUGCCAGCUCAUCCUGACCAAUCACUCCCCGAUACAGACCCCUUUCAGCCUCAAUUUUGAGUACUUCGGGAGCCCCCAAAGCAGCCUGAGCAAAAAGGCCAGCCUCCCCGACAUGCCCCCUGCUCUGCUAAAGACAGCCCGGAUUCGAGAGCGCUUAGCCAACCGGGAGCAGCUGGACUUUAUGGAAAGCAUGUUGUCUCAUGGGAAAGGGGCUGCCUUUUUCCCCCACGUUUCCCAAGGCAUGCUGGGAGCCCACCAGCAGCUAAGCAUUGGCCUCACAGGCUGUGCAGACAUGUGGGGCGAGUACUGGGACAACCUCGUCUGCGUGGUGGGAGAACUGCCUCCAGCAGUCAUCCCCGUGCACAUGGCCGUGGUGGGCUGCCCUAUCAGCUCCCUGAGGACCACCUCCUACACCCUUGACCGGUCCCACAAGGAGCCUAUCAUCAGGUUCGGCACUCAGAUCUCGGGAGGAGACACAGUCACCCGGGUCCUUCGCCUGAACAACUCCAGUCCCUGUGACAUCCGCCUGGACUGGGAGACAUAUGUUCCAGAAGACAGGGAGGAGCGGCUGGUGGACCUGCUGGUGUUCUAUGGGCCACGCUUCCCGCUGCGCGACCAAGCUGGGAACGAGCUCGUGUGCCCCGAGACCCCUGAAACCAGCGUCUCCUGGUCCCCAUGUCCCUCCAACAUGUCCGAGUCCAGCCAUGAAACUGACCAGUCUGCCGAGAGCAGCCCCGGUGGCAGCAGCAGUGCUCCACAGAUCAUCUCGGUCAUCCUGCAGGAGCAUGAGGGCGUGCCCUCCAGCCACCUGUACUCCGUCAGCCCUAAGCAGGUGGUGGUCCCUGCCGGAGGCAGCAGCACCAUCUCCAUCUCCUUCACACCCAUGGUCCUCAGCCCCGACAUCCUGAACAAGGUGGAAUGUACUGGCUAUGCCCUGGGCUUCAUGAGCCUGGACAGUGAGGUGGAAAGGGAGAUUCCAGGGAGGAGGCGCCGCCUACAGGACUUUGACGUGGGACCCGUGAGACUGGACCUGCAUGGCUACGUGAGGCCUGCACAGCUAAGUGCGGAGCUGGACUAUGGAGGCAGCAUGGAAUUCCACCACCAAGCCAGUGACCUCAUCCCCAGACAGCCCUGCUCUGGAGUGCUGAGUGAGCUGGUGACCACCCACCACCUGAAGCUGACCAACACUACAGAAAUCCCGCACUACUUCCGGCUCCUGGUCUCCAAGCCCUUCUCUGUUUCUCAAGAUGGGGCCAGCCUCAUUGCUUCUAGCCCUGCCUGGGAGCAGGAGUAUGAGGAGGAGACAGUGGAAGAGGGCAAGCUGCUGGUGCUCCAACCACAGGAGAACAUGCUGGUGAACGUGUCCUUCUCGCUGUCCUUGGAGCUGCUGUCCUACCAGAAGCUCCCAGCCGACCAGAUGCUGCCUGGUGUGAGGAUUCAGCAGAGCGCAAGUGGACAGAAGGAGAUGGUGUUUACUCAGAACCUGCUCCUGGAGUACGCCAACCGGACCACUCAGGUGGUCCCCCUGCGGGCCACUGUGGCUGUGCCCGAGCUGCAGCUCUCCACCAGCUGGGUGGACUUCGGGACCUGCUUUGUGAACCAGACGCGGGUCCGAGAGGUCUACCUGAUGAACCUGAGCAGCUGCCGGAGCUACUGGGCAGUGCUGAUGGGCCAGCAGGAGCCAGCCAAGGGCACCGCGGCCUUCAAGGUCUCCCCAAGCAAUGGGCUGCUGGAGGCCCGAUCAGUCAACGCCCCCCCGUCCUCCAUCACCCUGCAGGUCAUCUUCACUGCCAGGAGCAGUGAGCUGUACGAGUCCAUGCUGGUGGUGGAAGGCAUGCUGGGCGAGAAGGCCUGCACCCUACGGCUCCGGGGCCAAGGCUCUUACGAUGAGAAAUAUGUGACCUUCCGCCAGCUCUGA